GUGAGAGAGAUGGUGGGGGUGGGAACCGAGGCCGGCAGUCCAGAGAUAGAAACGUAAUGUGGUCUUCUUUUUGUUUUCCUCACCAUAUCAUGUCUCUCUCUCUCUCUCUUACCUUUCCAAAGUCAAAGCAUAGAGAAUAGCUAUACCAAGGAAACCCCUAAACUGAAACCACCCCAAUUCCCUCGUCUCUCUCUCGGGAAUUGUAUGAUGAAUUCCAACGCUACUUCUUCGACCUCCGGAGUCGUUGGAUCGACCGAUUCCUCAUCAGCACCCAGAAGAAAUUCCAAGCGACCCAAAUAUUCAAGGUUUACGCAACAAGAACUUCCAGCUUGCAAGCCGAUUCUUACACCGAGAUGGGUGAUUUCAGCAUUCAUGCUUGUUAGCAUUGUCUUCAUUCCCAUUGGAGUUGCCUCUUUGUUUGCUUCCCGGGAUGUGGUUGAAAUUGUUGAUCGGUAUGAAACUGAAUGCAUACCUCCAGCCUCAAGAAGUGAUAAGAUCAAAUACAUUCAAAGCCAGGAUGAUAAAACCUGCAACAGAACACUGACGGUACCGAAGCGUAUGAAGCAACCUAUUUAUGUGUAUUAUCAGCUUGACAACUUCUACCAGAAUCAUCGCAGGUAUGUGAAGAGCCGGAGUGAUCAGCAGUUGAAAUAUGCGACUAGUGAGACUGAUACAAGCACAUGUAAACCUGAAGAUACUGCUAACGGCGCAUCAAUUGUGCCUUGCGGCCUUAUAGCUUGGAGUUUGUUCAAUGAUACUUAUAGCUUUUCCCACAACAACCAGCAAUUGGCAGUAAAAAAGAAGGGUAUCUCAUGGAAGAGUGAUAGAGAACACAAGUUUGGAAAAGAUGUCUACCCUAAAAACUUCCAGAAUGGAACUCUUAAAGGGGGUGGAUAUCUCGAUUCGACAAUACCAUUGAGUGACCAGGAGGACCUCAUUGUUUGGAUGAGAACUGCAGCUCUUCCAACGUUUCGGAAGCUGUACGGGAAGAUAGAGGUGGAUCUGGAGGAAAAUGACGUUAUUCAGGUGACAUUGAAGAACAAUUACAACACCUAUAGUUUCAAUGGAAAGAAGAGGCUUGUUCUCUCUACCACUACCUGGCUUGGUGGAAAGAAUGACUUUCUUGGCAUUGCUUACCUUACCGUUGGCGCCUUCUGCUUCUUUCUGGCAAUGACAUUCACUGUUGUAUAUCUAUUUAAGCCAAGUAAAAUUGAAAUGUGGUAUUCACACACAAGUCUUUCAAGUUGGGAGGCAAAGAAAUGAAUUUCAACUCCCAAUACUCUAGUGUUAGCCAGGAGCACCUUCCAAUAAUUGCCACUUGGAGAUCCAUCUUAUUUGUCAUGGAACCGGAACACAGGAGGUCACUAAGCAACCCUGUGAAAUGUUUUCAAGCGAAUUGGCUUGGCCUGGUUUUCUCAUUUGUGGAUGUAUUUUUAUGUGGAAAAAAUGGCAAAGCAGUAACUAUGUAACAUCAGUUCAAAGUGUUGUAGUUAUUGGCAUUUUGAAUUUCGUGGACGUUGGUGUCCUGUAUCAGAAAAAUUUCACGAAUAGGAUGUAUACAGUCUGUUGAGAGGUUGAUUUCUUAUUAUCCUUAUGUUUUGCGCUUUCUGUA